GUCAGUUGGUGCAGAGCUCGAGCGGCAACAACUUUUCCUGUGCGGUCACUGUUCAAAAGUUCUUCAAUUUCGACAGAAAAUGAGAGAAAUUGUUCACCUGCAGGCCGGCCAGUGUGGCAACCAGAUCGGAGCAAAGUUCUGGGAGGUAAUAAGUGACGAACAUGGCAUCGACCCGUCCGGGACAUAUCAUGGGGACAGCGACCUGCAGCUGGAGCGAAUCAGCGUCUAUUACAACGAGGCAACAGGUGGCAAGUAUGUCCCUCGUGCAGUGCUGGUGGACCUGGAGCCAGGCACCAUGGACUCUGUGAGGUCUGGUCCUUUUGGUCAGGUGUUUAGACCAGACAACUUUGUCUUUGGCCAGAGUGGAGCCGGUAAUAACUGGGCUAAAGGCCACUACACUGAGGGAGCUGAGCUGGUCGACUCAGUCCUGGAUGUGGUGAGAAAAGAGGCCGAGAGCUGCGACUGCCUCCAGGGCUUCCAGCUCACACACUCCCUUGGAGGAGGCACGGGCUCUGGUAUGGGCACACUGCUCAUCAGCAAGAUCCGAGAGGAGUACCCAGACCGCAUAAUGAACACGUUCAGCGUGGUGCCCUCUCCUAAGGUGUCGGACACAGUGGUGGAGCCAUACAAUGCCACCCUCUCCGUCCACCAGCUGGUUGAGAACACAGAUGAGACCUACUGCAUUGAUAAUGAGGCCCUGUAUGACAUCUGCUUCCGUACACUGAAACUCACCACACCCACCUAUGGUGAUCUCAACCACCUCGUCUCAGCCACCAUGAGCGGGGUGACCACCUGCCUGCGCUUCCCUGGCCAGCUCAAUGCUGAUUUGAGGAAGCUGGCCGUCAACAUGGUCCCGUUUCCUAGGCUGCACUUCUUCAUGCCAGGCUUUGCUCCUCUGACCAGCAGGGGCAGUCAGCAGUACAGGGCACUGACAGUUCCUGAGCUCACCCAGCAGAUGUUUGAUGCCAAGAACAUGAUGGCAGCUUGCGACCCACGCCACGGGCGCUACCUCACGGUCGCCGCCAUCUUCCGAGGCCGCAUGUCCAUGAAAGAGGUGGAUGAGCAGAUGCUGAACGUGCAGAACAAGAACAGCAGCUACUUUGUGGAGUGGAUCCCAAACAAUGUCAAGACAGCAGUGUGCGACAUCCCUCCACGCGGCCUCAAGAUGGCCGCCACUUUCAUUGGCAACAGCACGGCCAUUCAGGAGCUGUUCAAGCGCAUUUCGGAGCAGUUUACUGCCAUGUUCCGCCGUAAGGCCUUCCUGCACUGGUACACGGGUGAGGGCAUGGACGAGAUGGAGUUCACGGAGGCUGAGAGCAACAUGAAUGACCUGGUGUCCGAGUACCAGCAGUACCAGGAUGCCACAGCUGAGGAAGAGGGAGAAUUUGAGGGUGAGGAGGGUGAAGAGGACUUGGCCUAGACUUCAACCAUGAAACUUUUCCUACUAUGCAACAGUUUAGGGCUGGACAGUAUCGUUGAUGUAUUUGUCAAGUUAUGUAAAGUUUAUUAAAGUUGUCCAACUGUAGCAGGGGUGUAGAGGGUUUCUCCAGCCUUGGCUUAUAUAUGUUAGUUUUUCUUUCUGUUGGCAGUUCUCUUCUUGUCUCCUGUCUUGAUUAGGAAUGUUUUUAUCCUGUUCUGUUUCUUCUCUGUUUGGAUGGUGUCAUCGAAACAUCACAUCCAUGAGUGGCAUCAUUCAGCAUUCAGCACCUGUCAUCACAUACCCACACAGAAAACAAACAUUUGGGACUUAUUGUUAAAUUUAAAACGAGCUAUGCGACAAUCAACUACACCAAAGGUUAACAUUAUGUCCCUGGUUAGGUAUAUGUGGUAGGGAACUCCAUUUCUUGUCAUGUUUCAAACUCCACAGACUGCUGGUUGUCGCACAUGCAUCAGUUUGACAUCUUUAUCCAGACACAGCAGACAGUUGUUGAUUCUUUGUCCACUCAGUGGUGUGUUGUUAAGUGGCACUGCUGCUCACACUGUUAGUCUCCUUCAAGCUGCAACUUUAAGAUAUAUUUAUGAUAAAAGCGAAUGUAAAACUGACCAAGGCAUUCUUUGCUGAAUCUGACACUUAGUUUGUCAGUCGUGUUUUGACAGAAUUAAGCAAUUAAAUUUAUUGACAGAAAACCUUAAAUGUUAAAACUUGUGUUUCCUGAAGGGGAGGAAUGAGGUGUCACAUAUUGUAUUUGAUAUCAGUCCCUGCAGGGAUGUGAUGUUCAGUAGAAUGCACGUUGUACCAAGUGAAUCGACUGGAAGGGAACUUAAAUGCACUGCAAGACUGACAGCAACAGUGUCAGGAACUGGUCAAUCCAGUGUAACUGUCAUUGUGUGUGUUGAAUAAACGUUUUUGAUGGUUCUAUUCUC